AUGGGUCUCUUUCGAAUUGACUUUCUUGCUCUAUGGCUUCUCUUACUCCGUCUCACAACAGCCGCCGCCCCAGUUCCAACCAAAGACGGCUACUGUUUCAAAUAUCUCAUCCAAGGAUAUGAUACCUGUACAUUGAUUGCCAAAGCACACGAUAUCACCGAAGCCGAUAUCGAAAGCUUCAAUAAAGAUACCUGGGCAUGGCUCGGAUGCAAGCAGCUAUACCAGGGUGACUUUAUCUGUCUCAGUCCUGGCAAACCUCCAAUGCCAAUGGCCCUUCCUCAUGCUACCUGUGGUCCACAAGUACCUGGAACAACACGUCCACCCAAAUGGGCCGAUCUUGCCGGAAUGAACCCAUGUGCUGCGUCUAAAUGUUGUGCUUUCUGGGGUCAAUGUGGUACCUCCGAUCUAUAUUGUCAAAAUUACCGUGCACCUCCUGCUGGUCCUACAGCCACCGUGAAAGGAGCGACAGAAGCCCCGGCAUCAAAAGCUACUGGUAAUACAAAGGCAACCGGGGCUAAGCAGUCGACUAAUACUGGCUCUGGGGCAAAACCUACCUCGAACUCCAAUUCUAAAUCCACUACUACCACUGUCAAGGCGACGAAAAUCACAACAACUACCAAACAAUCAACGACCACAAAAGCAAAAACAGCACCUGAACCAACCGUAACAUACCCUUGGACAGCACCGUGGGAAAUCACACUGUACAGCAAUAAAGGCUGCGAGGGUGACUACUACCAUCUCGAAGGGUAUAACAAAAAAUUCCUCGAUGGCGAGGGCUGCUUAGCGCUCCAUGGAGGUCUGAACAGUAAGUUCACCGAUACGGGUGUUACCUGUAAAUGGUGGACGGAUGAUAGUUUCACGUGGAGUAGUUGUGAUGCGAGCAAGCUUGAGAAACCGCAGUCGUGGAUCGUCAAGGGUGGGUAUUGUUCUGCUUUCAGUAAGAAAGAUUGUGAUUGCUUUGAUGGGGUGGCGCAGUAUUAUAAACCCGAAGGCUGUCAUAAUCGGACGGGGAUUGAUACGCCUAAUUUUGCGGCUUUGCAGUGUGCGAUUAAUGGAUUCUAA